AUGAUCUAUCUAUCUAUCUAUCUAUCUAUCUAUCUAUCUAUCUAUCUAUCUAUCUAUCUAUCUAUCUAUCUAUCUAUCUUAUAUGACAAUACUGAGGGAAGUGAGGAAGAAAUGUCCCUCAAUGAGUCCUAUAAACUUAAAUGUGUACUUCAUGAUUGCCUAUCUAUCUAUCUAUCUAUCUAUCUAUCUAUCUAUCUAUCUAUCUAUACAAAUUAUUCUGUUCAUAUCUAUCUAUCUAUCUAUCUAUCUAUCUAUCUAUCUAUCUAUCUAUCUAUCUAUCUCAGUCUGUUCAUAUCUAUCUAUCUAUCUCAGUCUGUUCAUAUCUAUCUAUCUAUCUAUCUAUCUAUCUAUCUAUCUAUCUAUCUAUCUAUCUAUCUCUUAUUUUCAUUUUUUCUUCUUUUUUCUUCCUUUUCUUUUCUCGUAAGAUUUUUAACACUUUUCUUUUUUUUUCGUGUGCCCCUCCCUCUUCUCAUCUUGAUAUUUUUCAUUGUCUCUUUGAAUAAUAACUAUUUUUAUUUUGUUUCCUUACCGUGUUCUAUCUAUCUAUCUAUCUAUCUAUCUAUCUAUCUAUCUAUCUAUCUAUCUAUCUAUUGUUUCUUUCUUUCAUCUACUCUUUCUUUGUUUUUCUAA